AGCACAGGAGCGAAACAUGGCGACUUCGAACAAUCCGCGGAAAUUCAGCGAGAAGAUCGCUUUACACCACCAGAAGCAGGCCGAGGAGACGGCGGCGUUCGAGGAAGUGAUGAAAGACCUCAGCAUUACGCGGGCGGCGAGGUUGCAGUUACAGAAGACUCAGUAUUUGCAGCUCGGGCCGAACCGUGGGCCAUACUAUGGAGGAUCUUUGCCUAACGUCAAUCAGAUUGGAGACAACGGCGAGGAUUUUUCUUUUCAGACUGCAGGGAUGGACAUGAACACAUCAUCGCGACACCACGGGCUCGUCGACAGAGUCUACAGGAACCGAAUCCCAUCGCCCCAUCGAAAGCCCCUCACUCUCGACAAGCACGGACGCCAAAUUGACAGCUGUCCGUAUGGCUCGGUGUAUCUGUCCCCACCACCUGACACCAGCUGGAGGAGGACAAACUCUGACUCAGCACUUCAUCAGAGCACGCUUGCUCCUUGCCAGCAGGCCUCCUUCACAGGCGGGUCACAGGAGCUGCAGCCCAAGCGAGUUCUGUUAUUAACCGUGCCCGGAUCUGAAGUCGUCAAACAAGAGGCGGAAGAAGACGGGCAAAAUCAGGACUGGGACUGCGAAAAGGAUCUUUCUAGAUCCAAACCCUACAGAGUCCCUGGAAUUAACAUAUUUCCAUCUCCGGAGCAGCAUCUGACCCUCAAACCAGUUGCCUACAGCACUGGCGGUUCCCUGCCGGACCUGACAAACAUCCAGUUCCCUCCUCCGCUGUCCACCCCGUUGGACUUGGAUGAUGUGGCGUUCAGCUCCUCCCACAGCAUGCAGGCGCUGGAUAGAAUACGAGGAGUUAGCGCCUCUCUAGCCACGGUAACCAUGGAGAUGCAGUCCGGGCUGGACAACAUGGCUCCUCUCAUCCCUAACACAGGAGACUGUCACCAGCACCAGAACUUGCAGCUCUCGCCGAAAUCUCCGCCUCUCCCCCUGUCUCAGGUUGCCAUCAACGCCAUGAACCUCGAGCAGCAGUUGUCCCAGUAUGCCUUCUUCAGCCAGCCGCCGCUGCCCCAGACUCACCACAACCAGCCUCAAACCGCUGUGGUCCAGCUGCCGUCCUCCAUGAACUGUCCCACGUCGGACUGUCAGAGCUCCUCACAAAGCAACAUGACCAUGGACAUGAACAUGGCCUCCCAGUACCGCAGUAGGGUGGGCUCUUCUGCCAAUCAAUCUCCAACCUCCCCCGUCUCCAAUCAAGGUUUCUCACCAGGCGGCUCGCCUCAACAUAACUCCAUACUGGGCAGUGUCUUCUCAGACUUCUAUGACCAGCAGCUCCCGUGCAUUCAGGCCAGUGCCCUCUCGCAACAGCUGGCGGAGUUCAACAUGAUGGAAAGCUCCAUCAGCUCUGACAACAACCAGACCUCCACCCUGAACUACUCCCAGGCCCUCAUGAUGGGCUUGUCUGGUGGUCAUUGCAACCUCCAGGGCUCUCAGCCUCUGGGCUACAGUAGCCAUGGCAACAUCCCCAACAUCAUUCUAACAGUGAGUGGAGAGUCCCCCCCCAGCCUGCCGAAGGACCUGACAGCCUCCCUGUCAACAGAUGUCAGCUUCGACAUCGACACCCACUUCCCACUGGAUGACCUAAAAAUCGACCCACUGACACUUGAUGGCCUGCACAUGCUCAACGACCCGGACAUGAUCCUUGCGGACCCAGCCACAGAGGACGCCUUUCGCCUCGAUCGGCUCUGAUGCCCCCCCCCCCCCUGAGGACAACUUGCCAAAGCAACCUGCGUCCUUUUUUUUUCCCGAAUUGGAAAGAUGGAUGACAAACUAGAAGGUAUGAAAUACGUUCCUGGUUCUGUCACUUCCUUUUGCCAGCGACACACCUUUUUUUUUUUUUUUUUGUCUUAAAUGUCGAGUUUUUGUGAUUGGUUUGGAGACUUUCAAGGAAAAAAGGGAUCUUAGAAUCCUACAGUGGCGUAGCGUGGGGAGCCCGAGGGGGGGAAAAGUCAGUCAAACGGUAUUGCAGCUUUAUUUAAGUGAAUGACUGGAGUAUUGUAGUUUAUUCUGAAGGUGUCCUAUCAUUAACAGUACUAUGGCAUGGCAUCAUAUCACAUCAGUGGAAAGAUCACAGCUGUGAUGUGAGAAAUUUAGGUUUUACAAGACAGAUGCGUCUGGAAAAGUACUAAACCCCCCGGAGGUGGGAGAGAAGUCUAUUUAAAACCUAACUAAGAUUAUUGUAUAUCUGAAAAAUGACAGCGUUAGUAUUCGAGUAUUCAAAAUGAGAACAUUUCAGCAGUGUUUUCUAAAAACAAGCUUAAAUAAAAAAAUUUAAAUGUUUUUUUUCAAGCUUCUGAGCCUCCCUUGAAAUCUUAGCGCCAAAACCCUGCUUAUUUUGCCCUUCUGUGCGGUUGUUUAGGGCCACAACCACCAGAGGGCGCCACAUCAGUCAAUCAAUCAAACUUUAUUUAUAAAGCGCUUUUCACACAUGAAAGAAAUGCAACGCAAAGUGCUUUACAAAGUUAAAAACAAUACCCCAAUAUCCCCCAUUAUCAAAAACACACACACAACAUACACACAUAUGCAACUAUAUGGACAAAUGAUUGCAUGUCUGAGUACAGAGGAGCCAGGUGAGUAAACACUAUCACAGGAGCCAUCUGCACCAGGUUAUCUGACCAUGGCCACCAGGACGCUGAUACAAAAGCGCCCCCACAAGCACGGCCGAUAACUCCUGAGGCAGAUGGCUCAUCUGAGGAACGUUGGAAAAUAAAAAUAAUAAAACUAGUAAAAUAGUAAGAACCAUGAGUAGAGGUAAAGAAUAAAAUACAAGUAAGACAUAUGAAGAUUAAUCGAAAAAAAUAAUAAUUAAAAAUAAAAUAAAUAUACAGUAGAUAAAUAAUAAAUAAAUAGAACUAAAUACAAUCUUGCCUAACUAAUAGGAUAAAAAGUAAAAUACAAAUUACUUCAAUAAAAUAAUUAAUAUUAGGUCAAAUCCAAAUCAAAAAGGUGGGUCUUAAGCAACGUUCCCUCUAAGGUGCGCUCCUGCGCAAUUGCGCACUGCACACGCGUCUUCUGCGCACAGCAAAUCUAUGCCGCGCAAAAAAUCAAAUCCCACUCUAAACAAAAUAAACAAAUCGUUUGUUUUGUAUGAUUUUGCAAUGCAACUGUGAGUAACAGGUGACGAAAGGCGGCCACAACAGAUGUUUGUCAACACUUAAAUUAUUGUAACGUCUGUGGAGACACUUAAAGGAGGACAGGAAUUCCAUCGGUCCCUUUAUUUAGCGAAAUUGUUUGUCGGCCAUAACCACACCAAAACAAUGUGUAAAAUACUUUUAUCUAGCAAAACUGGUCGUUGUCUACCGUACAAACCAAGCCAAAAGCAACUCUUUGUCAUCUAUUAUAUCAACAGCAGCCGCUUGCUCUCUCUCACUUGCACCAACACAUACACUAUGGCAAUUAGCCACUGGUGCGUUUAUGGCCACACAAAAAGUUGGACAACUCCAACACUACAUGUAAAGUGUAAAUUUCAGGUCGUUUUACUAUGACUCCUCAAUCAGUGUGCUUAUUCUACUGUCAUUUGUUAAAGGGGAACAUUAUCACAAUUUCAGAAGGGUUAAAACCAUUAAAAAUCAGUUCCCAGUGGCUUAUUAUAUUUUUCGAAGUUUUUUUCAAAAUUUUACCCAUCACGCAAUAUCCCUAAAAAAAGCUUCAAAGUGCCUGAUUUUAACCACCCGUCCAUUUUCCUGUGACGUCACAUAGUGAAGCCAACACAAACAAACAUGGCGGAAAGAACAGCAAGCUAUAGCGACAUUAGCUCGGAUUCAGACUCGGAUUUCAGCGGCUUAAGCGAUUCAACAGAUUACGCAUGUAUUGAAACGGAUGGUUGUAGUGUGGAGGCAGGUAGCGAAAACGAAAUUGAAAAAGAAACUGAAGUUAUUGAGCCAUAUGGGUUUGAACCGUAUGCAAGCGAAAACGACGAAAACGACACGACAGCCAGCGACACGGGAGAAAACGAGGACGAAUUCGGCGAUCGCCUUCUAACCAACGAUUGGUAUGUGUUUGUUUGGCAUUAAAGGAAACUAACAACUAUGAACUAGGUUUACAGCAUAUGAAAUACAUUUGGCAACAACAUGCACUUUGAGAGUGCAGACAGCCCAAUUUUCAUCAAUUAAUAUAUUCUGUAGACAUACCCUCAUGUCAGCAGGCCAGGGAAGUUAGGGUCGAUAUUCUUCUCUUGAUCAUCUUCGGGACGGUGUGAGCCAAGACAUCCAGGGGGUUUAGCUCGCUCGUCUGCGGGAACA